UCAUCACUAUUUAUUUUCCACUUUCACAGGGAUUCCCAAAGUUGAAAUUCACCUGCAUAUUACACUGAUCCAUGAGUUGUGAUUGACAAGAAAUUUUCCGUCAAUGGUGUCUGAUUUGUCUCCGUUAGCUUGAAUCCGUGAAGCUCUUAAGUUCCGAAUGGCUUCCAGUAGCAUACAAACGCAUCCAACACAAUGCACAUAUGACAUCUUCCUUAGUUUCAGAGGCGAGGACACUCGCAUGAACUUCACUGACCAUCUGUAUGCUGCUUUGGACCUCAAAGGAAUCAUGACAUUCAGAGACGACCUCAAACUUGGGAGAGGAAAAUCCAUUGCCCCGGAACUCCUCAAAGCAAUCGAAGAAUCAAGGUUUGCGGUAGUUAUUUUCUCGCGAAACUAUGCUUCUUCAGCAUGGUGUUUGGAUGGGCUUAGUAAGAUUUGCGAAUGCAUGAAGGAACUGGGACAAACAGUUUUUCCUGUUUUUUAUGAUGUGGAUCCGUCUGAGGUGCGCAGACAAACAGGGAGUUUUGGGAAAGCGUUUGCUGCUCACGAAGAAUCUUUCAAGGGAAAUGUAGAGAAGGUGCAGAGAUGGAGGGCUGCAACGACGGAGAUAGCCAAUCUCUCUGGAUGGCAUGUGCAAGAUAGGCACGAGUCAGAAGUUAUCCGUGAAAUUUCUCAAGAAAUAUUGAGUAAACUGAGUGACACAUUCUCACAAGUUUCCAAGGAACUAGUGUUGAAUUAUAAGUCUAUAGCUGAUUAGAAAUAAGCUGUGAUGUUAAUAUGUGUAUGCACUUAUGUUAAAUACUAAGUGAGAAGAUAUAUAGAUGUAAAGGCCAUGAGUGCCAUGUGUGAUGAUCUUAGCUAUUAGCUAAAUGUGUGGCUGAGAUCUGUUUUAAAUGUUUUUGAUCCAGCUCAGGUUUGUAAAGCAAUAUAUCUCUUCUUGCACGUUGUGUGCAAGAGAUAGAGGCAUUCAAUGAAAACAAUGUCCUUCUUCUGA